AUCAGUGAAAAGGAAGGAGGUUCGAAAAUGGCUGGAAACAAUGCAGGCAAAGAAAAGCUUCUGUAUCAUGAACAAUUGAAGACAAAUGUUUUGGCUGACAAAAACAUUGCUAUACAUGACCCAAAGUGUGAAAUAAUUGGAACAAGUGAAAAGAAGCUGUCGAAGAUAGUGAGGAAGAUCCUGAGAAAAGAAAACGAAGAAGACAUCAUUGAAGAGGAAAUAAAUUUUCAGGUUGAUGAGGAAACAAAUUCUCAGCUCGAUGAUGAGCAAACCAACCUUAACUGGUUGCUUGAAUUAGAGAAUAAUGCAUGCUCUUUGACAUGGCAGCCAUCCCAUCAAGAAGAGCUGGGAAUGAUGGAGUCGACUGUAAAGUCCCUGCAAGAUAUACUGGGAUUCCGAUUUCAAUGCUCAGUGACAAUGAAACUGAUUUUGGAACUUCAUUGUGAUCUCCAUAAAGCUGAUGAUUUAAUCGACUUGUGA